AUGCUGCGGAUCAUUGAGGCCUUCAUCCAGAGGGAACAGUACGACUACCUAUACAUUGAUGGCACGGUGACCGGGGACGAGCGGCAGCGGAGGGUGGAUGAAUUCAACUCCAGGCCCAGCGUGUUCCUGUUCCUGGCCACCACUGGGUCUGGCGGCGUCGGCCUCAAUCUCACAGCAGCCAACAGGGUCGUGGUCUUCGACCCAAGCUGGGAUCCCAGCCAGGACCUGCAGGCCCAGGACCGAGCGUACCGCCUGGGGCAGCGGCGCGACGUCCAGGUGUACCGCCUGCUGGCCACAGGGACGAUGGAGGAGAUGAUCUACAAGCGCCAGGUCUACAAGCAGCAGCAGACCAACCAGGUGAUCUACGGCACCACUGAGAAGCGCCACUUCGAGGGCGUCAAGGGCCACAAGGGCAAGGUGGGUGAGCUGUUUGGCAUCAUCAACCUCCUCAAGUACACACCAGAGGCCGUGGACACGGCGGACAUUGCCGCGGAGACCGCCGCGCGCCUGGCGAACAGCGAGGAGGCGGCCUCCCAGGGCGCUGCCCCUGCGGACGCCGCAGGCGCCGCGGCAGCGGCGGCGGGUGGGGCCGCAGCCAAGCCCAGCUAUGUGAUUGUCACCCUGGACCGCCCUUUGGAGCAGAUUGUUGCUGAAAAUGCACAGGAGGAGGAGGAGGAAGAGGGGGAGGGGGACGCCUCUGUGGAUGAGGAGGGCGAGGAGGAGAGCGAGGCCGCGGGCGGCGGCGGCGACGGCAAGGGCGGGUCGCAGGGGCAGCGCCGGCCGGGCGCGGAUGGCAAGGCGGGGCCGGGCGGCGGAGGGAGGGGCGGCGGCGCGGCGCUCAGCCGGCGGUGGCGCCAGGUCAUCAGAGAUGAGGAGGACGAAGAGGAGGAGGAGGAGGAGGGAGAGGGGCAGGAGCGCGCCGCGGCUGGCCCAGUGGGACGACGAUGA